GUUGAAAUCACCCCUUCGUGUCAAGAAAUGAGUGAUACUGUGGAAGUGUAACUGAACUGAAGACCAGUAGCAGCUGGACCCUAGCUUGGGUGUUCAGCCCAGUUUUGUGAAGACACAGCUGCAAAACUACAAGUCCCAAGAUGCCUUUCACAAACAAGCACAGUGUACACUACAGCACACACAUGCUGGGUGUGGGAUCUGGAACCUGUUUUCCAUAGGCUUCUGACCGAUUAAAUAAGGUGGAGCAAAUGGCCACACCCCAAAACCAGGCUUAAGGAUUCCUAUUUAAGCCAAGCCCCAGGGUGGAGCCGGAAUUUACCUUUGUACUUCACUCGGGUCUGGGUUGGUGGUGACUGGCUGGGUGGGUCUGGACCUGGCUGCCGUUGUGACACGUCUCAGAGCUGCAAGCAGGUUUGAAUCCAGGAUCCUUGUGGCCCUGCUCCCCGGUUCCUACCCUCUCCCUUCUCCUAUUCUUUAUCUCUUUAGGCUUUUCCCCUCAGGACCUCCCGCAGGUUACCAUAAUUCCUGCUGCCCUGGAGGCCCCCUGUGUUAGUCACAGGAUUUUUACUACCUAACAGGUUAAUAGUCCACUUCUGAUCGUCCCUCACUUUCAGACUCAAGUCUCCACUGUUUCCUGGCAGGCAAGAAAUGCUGGGAAGGAUGGACCCCAGCGCAUUACCGCCUGAGGGUACAGGUACUACCAGUCAGCUACCAUGGCCUCUCAGCGUCUUGGGCUAGCAGAAGAGUCUGGCCCAAACCCCGGGGAGUCUGAAUUGGCUGUGAACCCCUUUGACGGGCUCCCAUUCUCUUCCCGCUACUACGAGCUGCUUGAGCAGCGCCGAGCCUUACCCAUCUGGGCUUCUCGCUUUAUCUUCUUGGAGCAGUUGGAGAGUAGCCCCGGUGGAGUGGUGCUGGUGUCUGGAGAGCCUGGCUCUGGCAAGAGCACCCAGAUCCCUCAGUGGUGUGCAGAGUUUGCACUGGCCAGGGGGUUCCAGGAAGGCCGAGUGACUGUCACUCAGCCCCACCCUCUGGCAGCCCUGAGCCUGGCCAUGCGGGUUGCCGAUGAGAUGGACCUAACGCUGGGUCAUGAGGUUGGAUACAGCAUUCCCCAAGAGGACUGCACAGGGCCAGACACCCUGCUCAGGUUCUGCUGGGACGGGCUGCUUCUGCAAGAGGUAGCCUCAACCCGGGGCACAGGAGCCUGGGGCGUGCUGGUGCUGGAUGAGGCCCAGGAGCGGUCAGUGGCCUCGGACUUGCUCCAGGGGCUCCUGCAAAAUGCCAGGCUGGGAAACCUUCCAGGAGACUCGAGAGUGGUUGUGGUUACUGACCCUGCCCUUGAACCCAAGCUCCAAGCCUUCUGGGGCAACCCUCCUACUGUGCAUGUACCCAGACGGCCUGGCACGUGUCCCACACCUGUGUACAGGGACACUGUCCCUACCGAUCGAGUGGAAGCUGCCUGCCAAGCUGUGAUUGAAUUGUGUACAAAGGAGGCUCCAGGAGAUGUGCUGGUGUACCUGCCCAGUGAGGAGGAAAUUUUGCUGUGCUGUGAAUCCUUGUCCAGGGAGGUGGGGCCCUUGGCUCUCAGAGGGCCUCCACCACGGGUGCUGCCCCUUCACCCCGGAUGUGGCCCAGCCGUUCAGGCUGCAUACGAGGACACAGACUUGGGUGCCCGAAAGGUCGUGGUCACUCACUGGCUGGCUGACUUCUCCUUCUCCCUCCCUUCGAUCCGACAUGUCAUUGACUCAGGACUGGAGCUUCGAAGUAUUCGAGCAGAAUCCCAAGUGUUGAGACCAAUCAGCAAGUGUCAGGCAGAGGCAAGAAGACUACGGGCAAGAGGGCUCCCACCAGGUAAGAGCCUUUGCGCUACUGAGAUCAAACAUGAAAAGAAUCCCCACACGCAAACCCAAGAAAUCUGCAGUGGCCUUCUUUCCCAGGUCUUUCUCCCCUCAGGGUCCUGCCUCUGCCUGUACCCUAAGUCCUUCCUAGAACUAGAGGCGCCCCUGCUGCCCAUAGCCAGGAUAUGUGAGGAGAAUCUGAGCCCUGUGGUGUUACUUCUAAAGAGGAGACAGAUUGCAGAGCCUGGGGAGUGUCACUUCCUGGACCGGCCUGCUCCAGAAGCCCUGAUGCAGGCCCUGGAAGACCUGGACUACCUGGCAGCCCUGGAUGAUGAUGGGAACCUCUCAGACCUGGGGGUCAUCCUGUCAGAGUUCCCGCUGCCCCCAGAGCUGGCCAAAGCCCUGCUGGCCUCCUGCGAGUUUGACUGUGUAGACGAGAUGCUCACCCUCGCGGCCAUGCUCACUGCUGCUCCUGGGUUCACCCAUCCUCCACUCUCUGCAGAAGAAGCUGCCUUGCGUCGGGCCCUGGAACAUACAGAUGGUGAUCACAGUUCUCUGAUCCAGGUGUACGAAGCCUUUAUACAGAGUGGAGCAGACAAGGCUUGGUGCCAGGCUCGGGGACUAAACUGGGCAGCAUUGUGCCAAGCCCAGAAACUUCGAGGUGACCUCCUAGAACUCAUGCAACAAAUUGAACUUCCACUGUCCCAGCCAGCCUUUGGCUCUGAGCAGAAUCGCAGAGACCUUCAGAAAGCACUGCUGUCGGGAUACUUCCUUAAGGUGGCUCGAGACACAGACGGGACUGGAAAUUAUCUGCUCCUGACCCAUAAGCACGUGGCCCAGCUCUCCCCAUACUGCUGCUACCGAAGCCGCAGGUCUCCAACCAGACCCCCGCCAUGGGUUCUUUACCACACUUUCUCCAUUUCCAAAGACAACUGCCUUUCCAUUGUUUCUGAGAUUCAACCACAGAUGCUGGUAGAGUUGGCCCCUCCAUACUUCCUGAGUAACUUGCCUCCCAGCGAGAGCAGAGACCUCUUGAAUCAGCUGACAGAAGAAAUGGCAGAUUCUUCAGUAGAGAGUGAAUCCUCCUCCACCCAAGAGUUUGGAGAUGCCUGUGUCCUGCAGUGACCUGCCCAAGGAGUAGAACUGAGCUCAUGUGAAGGCAUCAGAUCCUCUCUCAGGCUAGCUCUGAAGUAGCCAACCAAAGGUUAGGGUCAAAUGUAAAUCCUAGAACCUGAGUCUCAAGAAAUGGUGGACUGGGAAUAGAGGAGACUGGGUAAGCCACAGUAUACAUAAAGUUGGACCCUUUCCUUAGCCUUCUUCUAUUUAUUGGAGAAUGACUGAUGUACCCCCCAAGCCCCCAACUUAUGCCAAACCCACCUUUGUGUACUUCAUUUUGAUCUAUAAAAGUUCUUUCUCUGUGGUGCCAAA